GGAGCAGACAUUGGCAACAGCAGUUUCAUAGCCUAAGCUACUGGGGCGACCUGGAAUAAAUAGAAUUAUAUAUAAAUACAGGGAGUCUGGCAAACAACACCAAUUUUGAUAACAUUUUACGACAGGAUGCUGAGGUUAACGCUUAUUGUUGUUUUUGGAGUUGCGAUUUAUAUGGGGGAAAUACAAGCAGUCAUUGGAGCGAAUGCUGACUGUAGCAGCAUUCGUUGCUAUCUACCCAAGUGCGCCUCAGAUGAACGGCUCUCCAAAAUCCCGAAUGAGUGUUGUUACCAGUGUAAAAAGGGAAAUGGCGGCCCGCCCUCGCAAUGCGCGAACAUCGGAUGUCUCACACCCGCCUGUACCGACGGGACGCUCGUUACAGUGCAAGGGAAAUGCUGCCCCAUCUGCAUUGGAAAGGAUCCAUGUAUCUUUGGCGGUGACGAACUAUGUCAGGGUAUAGCGGGCUUUCAGUGUGCGGCCGAUUCGGGGACGAAGUGUGUGAGCACGGAGACCUACCCUGACGCUCUGGGACAAUGUUGUUACAUUUAUCCGAUCAACAGCAAUGGAGUCAAGAAACGUGGGAAAUGUCCAAAACCAGUCCCUGGAGAGGUCAGUAUUUGCCCAGUGCAAUGCGGUGAUGAUUUUGAUUGCCAAAACAACGAGAAGUGCUGCCCUAGUGCCUGCGGGGGUGGCAUUUGUGUCAAACCAGUUUCGUGCCCUUCUGGGAGCCCGACACUUCAAUGUUUGGUCAACCCGUGCACAGUGGACAAGUGCCCUCAAUAUCCAAGUGCGGAAUGCAUAAACGACAAUCCCUGUGAGCCGGCAUGCGAAGGGAACUUCUACAUCGACGAUCGCAAACUGACGAAACUCGAGUGUCAAGGCGGACCUUAGUACAACUAUUAAAAUUGUCACCAAAGGCGGAGCUCAAUUCCAGAGUUUUAUUGCAUGAAAAUAAGACAAAUUCUCGAAUGCAAUUGGCCAAUAAAUGAUAUCUAUA